CAGACAGCACACGAACGCAAAAACUUUCUCGCGACACCGACCUGACCACGUAUGUACGGUACGUCACAGCUGAGCAACACGAGUGCACGUCAUGGUGCCGAGGCUGGAGCGCGGCGGCGGCGGGUUCCAGCUCCCGAACGCCGAGCAGGAGAACUCCCUCUUCCUCCGCGCACUCAUCUCCGUCGUGUCUGCAGACACAGACACCGUCGUCCCUACGCUGCACCUUGAGCCUUCAACGCCGCCCUUUGCUGCUACUCCGGCCGUGGGGAUGCGUGCUGCAGCUGCUGGGUGCGCCCGGUGCGGCGUCGGCGUGGACGGCUGCCUCGGCUGCGAUUUCGCCGCCGAGGCGAUGGCUGGCUCCAGCAGCGAGGGGGAAGGGUACUCCGCCGCGAGCUUCGUAAAGGAUGGCGGCGUGGGGAAGAUCACGCGAAGGAGGAGAGGGAGAAAGUUCAGGGGCGUGCGUCGGCGGCCGUGGGGCACAUGGGCGGCGGAGCUCCGCGACUCACACCGCGCCGUGCACAAAUGGCUCGGCACCUUUGACACCGCCGUCGAGGCUGCGCGCGCCUACGACGCCGCGGCUCUCGAGUUCCACGGCCACCACGCCAGGCUCAACUUCCCGACCACGGACGCGCCAUCGUGGGCAUCGACAUCGACAUCUGGCUCAUCCACUACGCUGCCGCAUCAGCAGCACUUGCCUGAGAGUAUUCACGAGAACUGCAGGUCAAAAGCGUCAUCGUCAGCGUACAUGCCGUAGCUACCGGAGCCUGGAAGGCCGGUGGCGAGG